AACUAGUCUGUUUCAGCUGAUCAGCCAUGGCAGUUGAUGGUCGAAGAGGGGCAAACAGAAGUCUCGAGACCCUUAUCGACAUCGACAAGAAGGCCGUGGCUGCAAGAGCAGCAGCGCCGUUGCCACAGCUCCAAAAGACGGUGCCAGGACAAGGCUUGGAAUUCAACAACUUGUCAUAUAGUGUUAUAAAGAAGUAUAAAAAAGAUGGAGUUUGGAUCAAAAGAGAAACUUAUCUUUUGAAUGACAUCUCAGGACAGGCAUUGCGAGGCGAAAUCAUGGCUAUUUUGGGGCCAAGUGGUGCUGGGAAAUCUACGUUUCUUGAUGCAUUGGCUGGUCGGAUGGCGAAAGGAAGCCUUGAAGGAUCGGUUAGGAUAGAUGGGAAGCCGGUGACCGCGAGUUACAUGAAGAUGGUUUCAUCUUAUGUUAUGCAAGAUGACCAACUCUUCCCAAUGUUAUCUGUGUUUGAGACCUUCAUGUUUUCAGCUGAGGUUAGGCUUCCAUCCUCUAUUUCCAGGGAGGAGAAGAAGAAUAGAGUUUAUGAGCUCAUUGAUCAACUAGGUUUACAGAGUGCCAUGCAUACUUAUAUAGGUGAUGAAGGAAGAAGAGGAGUUUCAGGAGGUGAACGGAGAAGGGUUUCAAUAGGAAUUGACAUCAUCCACAAACCAUCGCUCUUAUUUUUGGAUGAGCCAACCUCAGGCCUUGAUUCAACGAGUGCCUUCAAUGUAGUGGAGAAGGUGAAAGAGAUUGCUCGAAAUGGAAGUAUUGUCUUAAUGACCAUUCAUCAACCUUCUUACAGAAUUCAACUGCUACUUGAUCGCAUAACUGUUCUUGCCAGGGGAAGACUAAUAUAUGUUGGAGGCCCAUUAAACCUGUCUGCUCAUCUAUCCGGAUUUGGAAGGCCAGUACCAAAUGGCGAAAACAACAUCGAAUAUCUAUUGGAUGUAAUCAAGGAAUAUGAUGAAUCAACAGUGGGGUUAGAGCCUCUUGUUGUAUAUCAACGCCAUGGCAUCAAACCUGAUCAAGUUGCUAGGACUCCUGUUCCAAAAACGCCUAGAACUCCAUAUAAAAAGACCAUGGGGCCAGCGCAAGGGACAGGGUCGGGGUUGGGGCCAAAGUUUCUAAACCUUCGUAGUCAAGCAUUCUCCAUGACCUCAGGGCCAAACUCAAGCCAGUUUGAUUCUGCAUAUGCAUAUGAAGACAAUGAGGAUGAGGAUUUUGAUCGAUCUCUAGAACGUAAAUCUACCAAAACUUCAGUGCAUAAUCGUAGUGGUGUUCAUAAUCCUCGUUUAGCUUCUGAAUUUUAUAAAGAUUUGUCUGCUUGGGUCUAUAAUGGUGUUAGAGGAACUCCUCAUCGAAACCCGUCAUGGACUCCAGCAAGAACGCCAGGACAAACACCAGCAAAAACUCCAAUGUCUGGUGUUAGAAGUGGAAUAGUUUCAAGCCAAAUUCCAUCAUCUCAUGCCAAAAUACCUUCGGUCUUCAGCAUGUCAAUGGACUCUCAUUUUCCUUCUUUCCAAGAUAUGGAUAUUGAGGAAGUUCUUGAUGAGCCGGAUCAUGGUCCAAAAUAUGCAAAUCCUUGGCUUCGUGAGGUUAUUGUGCUUUCGUGGCGAACAACACUCAAUGUGAUCCGCACCCCAGAAUUGUUUUUGUCGAGGGAGAUUGUUUUGACAGUAAUGGCUUUGAUUCUCUCCUCCAUGUUCAAAAAUCUCGGUCAUGCUUCCUUUAGAGACAUCAACAGGCUUCUCAACUUCUACAUCUUUGCAGUUUGUCUCGUUUUCUUUUCAUCGAAUGACGCUGUCCCGACAUUUAUUCAAGAAAGAUUCAUCUUCAUUAGAGAGACUUCUCACAAUGCAUAUCGAGCGUCAUCCUAUGUCAUUUCCUCUCUCAUUGUUUAUCUCCCAUUUUUUGCCAUUCAAGGUUUCACAUUUGCUGUCAUAACACAAUUCUGGCUUCACCUGAAAAGCAACCUCUUUUACUUCUGGAUGACACUCUUUGCCUCACUCAUUACAACAAACGCAUACGUUAUGCUCGUGAGUGCUCUCGUGCCAAGUUAUAUCACGGGCUAUGCAAUAGUUAUUGCCACCACAGCCAUUUUCUUCCUCACUUGUGGAUUCUUCUUGAAACGAACUCAAAUACCAGUAUAUUGGAGGUGGCUUCAUUACAUCUCUGCCAUAAAAUAUCCAUUUGAAUCAUUGUUGAUCAAUGAGUUCAAAGGCAAAAGAUGCUAUUCAGGAAAUCCCAAUGAUCUUUCACCUGGCCCUAUGGGAGAUGUAAGGUUUAGCAAGUUGCACAACACUUCUACCGAUUUGCAACCCGGUUGCUUGCUAAUCGGAGAAGACGUUCUGUUCUCAAUGGACGUUAACAUGGAAAAUAUAUGGUACGACAUUGCGAUCCUACUAGCUUGGGGAGUUCUUUACCGGGUGUUCUUCUAUGUGGUUCUUAGAUUUUACUCCAAGAAUGAGAGAAAAUGAAGAAUAUAUUGUCUUGCAUUUCUCUCUUAGUCUUUUGAAAUGGAAAUAAAUUAAAGGUUGUAAUACAUAGCAGUCACUUUUCGAAGGCUGAUCCAGAAAACAGGAGACAAGACAAGUAAGGAACAGAACAAUGCAACACUCAUACCAAGUUUGUUUUCUCAAAUUCAAU